AGGUCACCUCAUCCUCACCCAGGUUCUAAACCAGCCAGGGAGCGGCUCCUGCUCACGGGUCUGUAACCAGUACCCGGCAUAGGGACACUGAGGCCCUCGCGGGAGGGGUCCCUGUGUAACCGUCCGGUGGGUUCACCUUGCCAGCUGCCUAGACAGAGCCCAUUUAUGAAGACAGGGGAAUUGCGAUGGAGAAAUAGUAAUUCACACAGAGCCGGCUGUUCGGGAGACAGGAGUUUUAUUAUUAUUCAAAUCAGUCUCCCCGAGCAUUCCGGGAUCAGAGUUUUCAAAAUUAAUUUGGCGGGUACGGGCUUGGGAAGUGGGGAGUGCUGAACGGUCAGGUUGGACAUGGAUUUAUAGAGGGUUGAAGUGAGCUUUUCAUGCUGUUUUCUGUUCUGGGUGGGAUGGCAGAACUGAUUGACGCAGAUUACCUGUCUGUAUGUCGUCAGCUGAUCCAUCCAGUGCAGGAUCUGCAAAAUACCCCAAGCACUGAUCUUAGGUUUUACAAUAGUGAUGUUAUCUUCAGGAGCAACUUGGCGAGAUUCAGACUCUUGGAGCCUGAAGCUACAUGACCCCUAAAAGGUACUUUCUAAUCUUGUAGCUAAACUGUUACUCCUGCAAAGGCAGGCUGGUCUCCAGGCAAGAAGGGGGUCUUUUCGGGGAAGGGCUGUUAUCAAUUUUGUUUCAGAGUUAAACCAUGAACUGAAUUCCUUCCCUAAGUUAAUUCAGCCUGUGCCCAGGAAUGAACAAGGACAGCUUAAAGGUUAAAAGCAAGAUGGAGUUGGUUAGGUCUGAUUUCUUUCACUGUCAUAAUUUCCUCAGUUAUAAUUUUGCAAAGACGGUUUCACCUGUAUCUGACACCAGUGGGAUGUGGUGGGGAGAGCGACAGGCACAAGGAGGGGCCUGGGCGAUGGCCUGGAGAUGGAGGGAGCUGGGAGGAUGGAACCUGGGGUCCACAGGCACCUGUCGGGAACAACGUGUGAGGCGGAGGUACUCCUGGAAGAGCACGCAGGCUGAAGGCUGUGCAUUCAUCAUGAGGAUGCUAGAAGCCAUGGAGAGUUUUGAAGAAAGGAGGGACAUGAUCCAAAUCCAGGCUUUUAAGGUUUCCCAAAGGCCAAUCAAAGGAAGAACAUCAUAGAGAGAGGGGAUGAGGACUUUGGGGCCUUGGGAGGUUGAAUCCUUUUUGUAGAUCACAUAGGUGGUAGAGACCUGGCUCCAGGGACAAGAAAGGGUUCAGGGAGGCCUGAGCUUAUCAAAUCCCAGGACAUGUUUGUAAUGUCUGCCUCUCCCCUCAGGCACUCCUGGCUGCAGAAACACUUAGGGAACCCACACAGGGAAGUGGAGGGUGUUCCAUUCCCUCAUUGGUCCUGACCCCAUCCACAGGUUCUCUAGCUUGUGGUGUCCUGGGACUCUUAAGUGCCAUUUUUUCAGUCCUUUGAUCCGAGGACCCUGGAGAAUCUCUAAACCCAGGAUACUAAGGCCAUGGAAGGUUAUAUGUAGGUAAUCCCAUUUCUGUCAACCAAUGUAAACACCCUUGGAAGGUUAACCCAGAAGUUGCUACCAGGUUGUGAAAUGCUUAGAGAUAAAACGGAUCAAAGUCAGGAGGUGAUAUUUACCACAGUUCUAUCUGGCUACAGGCUUCAUCUAGUUGGACCUUGUUGCGUAGACUGUGGGUUGAGGGAAGAGGAAGAAAGGUCAGAGAUAAGGCUCCUGCCAUAAUCCAGGUGAGGGUUAAUGGAUCAGAUAUGUGGUAAAUCACAUGGGCCUGGAUUCAGGAUUCACUUUUUGUAAAAAGACAGCUAGGUUUUCUUUCUUUCUUUUUCUUAUUUUUUUUUGAGACAGAGUUUCAGUGUUGUUGCCCAGGCUGGAGUGCAGUGGCAUGAUCUCUGCUCACGGGAACCUCCGCCUCCCAGGUUCAAGCGAUUCUCUUGCCUCAGCCUUCCAAGUAGUUGGGAUUCCAGGCAUGAACCAUCACACUUAGCUAAUUUUUGUAUUUUUAGUAGAGACGGGGUUUCACCAUGUUGGCCAGGCUGGUCUUGAACUCCUGACCUCAGGUGAUCCACCUGCCUCGGCCUCCCAAAGUGCUGGGAUUACAGGCAUGGGCCGCCCACACCUGGCCCUUAUUUUUAUUUUUUAGAUAAGAGGUCUGGCUCUGUUGCCCAGGCUGGAGUGCAGUGGCACGAUCUCAGCUUACUGCAGCUUCAAACUCCUGAGCUCAAGCGAUCCUCCCUCUUCAGGCUCCCUAACCCUAACCCCAACCUUGGGGCAGCUGGGACCUCCGGCCUGCCCAACCACACCCUGCUAAUAUUUUUUAUUUUUUGCAGACACAGGAUAUGGAGAAAAGAGAUCAGAUUGUUACUGUGUCUAUGUAGAAAAAGAAGACAUAAGAAACUCCAUUUUUAUCUGUAUUAAGAAAAAUUGUUCUGCUUGGAGAUGCUGUUAACCUGUAACUUUAGCCCCAACCCUGUGCUCACAGAAAUGUGCUGUAUUGAAUCAAGGUUUAAGGGAUUUAGGGCUGUGCAGGAUGUGCCUUGUUAACAAUAUGUUUGCAGGGAGUAUGCUUGGUAAAAGUCAUUGCCAUUCUCCCUUCUCGAUUAACCAGGGACACAGUGCACUGCGGAAAGCUGCAGGGACCUCUGCCAGAGAAAGCCUGGGUAUUGUCCAAGGUUUCCCCCUACUGAGACAGCCUGAGAUAUGGCCUCGUGGGAAAGGAAAGACCUUAUAUCCCCCAGCCAGACACCUGUAAAGGGUCUGUGCUGAGGAGGAGUAGUGAAAGAGGGAGGCUUCUGUCUCCUGCUCAUCUCUGGGAAUGGAAUGUCAUGGUGUAAAGCUGACCAUUCCCAUUCGUUGCAUUCUGAGAUAGGAGAAAACUGCCCUGUGGCUAGAAGCGAGAUAUGCUGGCAGCAAUACUGCUUUGUUGCUCUUUGCUACACUGAGAUGUUUGUGUAAAGUGAAACUUAAAUCUGGCCUACGUGCACAUCCACCCACAGUACCUUUCCUUGAACUUAUUCAUGAUACAGAUUCCUUUGCUCACAUGUUUCCCUGCUGACCUUCUCCCCACCAUCACCCUGUUGCCCUGCCACACUCCCCUCGCCAAGAGAGUAAAAAUGAUGAUCCAUAAAUACUGAGGGAACUCAGAGACCAGCGCUUCUGCAGGUCCUUGCAUGCUGAAUGUACCGAUCCCCUAGGCCCGCUAUUCUUUCUCUAUACUUUUUCUCUGUGUCUUACUUCUUUUCUCAGUCUCUCGUCUCCACCUGAUGAGAAAUACCCACAGGUAUGGAGGGGCAGGCCCCCUUCAACAGGAUUUUGCUUUGUUGCUCAGGCUAAUUUCUAACUCCUGGCCUCAAAUGAUCCUUCUGACUUGGCCUCCCAAACUGGUGGAAUUACAGGCAGGAGCCACCAUACCAGUCAGGAUGCACAUCUUAAGGAUAUUCAUGAGGUGGAGCUGGGCUUUUCCUGCAGAAGCGCCUCUGGGAAGUGUGCCCUUUACCCUCCUUGUUACCUAGGGAACUACAUUACCCAGAAAACUCCGCAUAGAAUGACAGCGUGGAAGAGCCAUGAGGGCUCAGAAUAAAAGCUUUACGUGUGUGCACGUGACAAUGGGGCCGGACUUCCGGCGCCCUCUAGUGGCAGCCAUUUUGAUUGGUGUUGGGUUUAUUUGUCGGAGAGGCUCCUGAGAGGUCUGCACUGCGGUGACUGAACCCAGAAGGCGGAGAGCAGUUGUCCUCCGCUGCACAGAGGCGACUCUGGAGCUCUGUGAGGGCGCCCAGCGUGACCCUCCCCUGGGCCAGGAUAGGGACCGUUGUGCCCAUAUCUCCUGGCUGGUCUCCUUGUCCCGACCCUGCUUAAAACCACGUGGUUCGAUGGCCGCGGCGGCCACGCUGAAGCUCUCCGCUCAGGGCACAGUGACUUUUGAAGACGUGGCUGUGAACUUUACCCAGGAGGAAUGGAAUCUCCUUAGUGAGGCUCAGAGAUGCCUGUACCGUGAUGUGACGCUGGAGAACCUGGCACUUAUGUCCUCCCUGGGUUGUUGGUGUGGAGUGGAAGAUGAGGCGGCACCUUCUAAGCAGAAUAUUUAUAUACAAAGAGAGACUCAGGUCAGGACUCCUAUGGCAGGUGUGUCUCCCAAGAAGGCCCCCCACUGUGAGAUGUGUGGCCCCAUCUUGGGAGACAUUUUGCAGGUGGCACAUCAUCAGGGAACACAUCACAAGCAGAAACUGCACAGGUGUGAGUCCUGGGGGAAUAAAUUGUAUGACAGUGGAAACUUUCAUCAGCACCAGGAUAAGUACAUUGGAGAGAAGCCCUACAGAGGCAGUGUUGAGGAGGCGUUGUUUGUGAAGAGGUGUAAGUUCCAUGUGUCAAGGGAAUCAUCUGUCUUCAGUCAGAGUGGGAAGGACUUUUUGCCCAGGUCAGGAUUACUCCAGCAGGAGGCCAGUCACACUGGGGAGAAGUCAAACAGCAAAACUGAGUGUGUGUCUCCCAUUCAGUGGGGGGGAGCUCACUAUAGCCGUGGAGAAUCCAUGAAACAUUUUAGCACCAAACAUAUACUCAGUCAGCACCAGAGACUGCUCCCUAGAGAAGAAUGUUAUGUGUGCUGUGAAUGUGGGAAAUCCUUUAGCAAAUAUGUUAGCUUCAGUAAUCAUCAGAGAGUUCACACUGUGAAAAGACCUUAUGAAUGUGGAGAAUGUGGGAAAUCCUUUAGCAAAUAUGAUACCUUGAGUAAUCAUCAGAGAGUUCACACUGACAAAAAACAUUAUGAAUGUGGAGAAUGUGGGAAAUCCUUUAGCAAAUAUGUUAGCUUCAGUAAUCAUCAGAGAGUUCACAGUGAAAAAAGACCUUAUGAAUGUGGAGAAUGUGGGAAAUCUUUUAGCAAAUAUGCUAGCUUGAGUAAUCAUCAGAGAGUUCACACUGACAAAAAACAUUAUGAAUGUGGUGAAUGUGGGAAAUCCUUUAGCAAAUAUGCUAGCUUCAGUAAUCAUCAGAGAGUUCACAGUGAAAAAAGACCUUAUGAAUGUGGAGAAUGUGAGAAAUCUUUUAGUCGAAAGAGCAGCCUCAUUCACCAUCAGCGAUUUCACACUGGAGAAAAACCUUAUGGGUGUGAAGAAUGUGGGAAAUCUUUUAGCUUAGAAGGAUAUCUUAGGCGCCAUCAACAAGUUCACGCUGGAGAAGGACCUUACGCAUGUGGAGAAUGUGGGAAAUCUUUUAGUUCAAACAUGAACCUUAAGAGCCAUCAGCGCAUUCACACUGGAGAGAGACCUUACAAGUGUGGAGAAUGUGGGAAAUCUUUUAGUCGGAAGCCCAGCCUUGGUUAUCAUCAGCGCAUUCACACUGAAGUAAGACCUUACAAGUGUGGAGAAUGUGGGAAAUCUUAUAUUUCAAAGGGGCACCUUAGGAUCCAUCAACGCAUGCACACUGGAGAAAGACCUUACGAGUGUGGAGACUGUGGGAAAUCUUUUAAUGAAAAAGGACACCUUAGGAGUCAUCAGCGAGUUCACACUACAGAAAGACCUUAUAAGUGUGGGGAAUGUGGGAAAUGUUUUAGUCACAAGGGUAACCUAAGUCUACACCAGGAUGGCCAUACUAGAAAAAGGCCUUAUAUGUGUUGGGAAUGUGGAAAAUUGUUUAAGAAGAAGUCUCACCUCCUUGUACACCAGAGAAUUCACAGUGGAGAAAAGCCAUAUGCAUGUGAGGCUUGUCAGAAAUUUUUUAGGCACAAGUGCCACCUCACUGCACACCAGAGAGUUCACACUGGAGAAAGGCCAUAUGAAUGCAAUGAUUGUGGGAAGUCAUUUACCCACAGCUGUGCAUUCAUUGUUCAUAAGAGAGUUCACACUGGUCAGAAGCCUUAUGAGUGCAGUGAAUGUGGGAAAUCUUUUGCUGCAAGCUCCUAUCUUACUAGUCACAGGAGAGUUCACACUGGUCAGAAGCCUUAUGAGUGCAAUGAAUGUGGGAAGUGUGUUGCUGGAAUCGCCAAUCUCACUAAUCACAGGAGAGUUCACACUGGAGAAAAGCCUUAUGGGUGUAGUGAAUGUGAAAAAAAAUUUAGGAAAAGCUCUUCACUUCAUUACCAUCAGAGAGUUCAUGAAAGAAAGGCCUUAUAGGCUGGGCGCGGUGGCUCACACCUGUAAUCCCAGCACUUUGGGAGGCCGAGGCGGGUGGAUCACGAGGUCAGGAGAUCGAGACCAUGGUGAAACCCCGUCUCUACUAAAAAUACAAAAAAAAAUUAGCCAGGUGUGGUGGCGGGCACCUGUAGUCCCAGCUACUCGGAGAGGCUGAGGCAGGAGAAUGGCGUGAACCUAGGAGGCGGAGCUUGCAGUGAGCCGAGAUUGUGCCACUGCACUCCAGCCUGGGUGACAGAGCAAGACUCCGUCUCAAAAAAAAAAAGAAAGAAAGGCCUUGUGAGUGCAGUGAAUGAGUCCAGUCUCAUUAAAUACAGGAGAGCACACACCUGAGUAAGAUCCCGCGAUUGCAGCAAAUGUGGAAAAUGUUUACCCGAAAGUCUGCUCUCCUUGGACAGUGGAGAGUUCACACCAGAGAAAAGUCCUUACAAGUAAAAUAAAUUGGGCAGUUUUGUAGCCACACCUCUGUAUUCCUUCAGGAUUAUAUUUAACACUGAAUGAAGACCUUACUAGUAUGGCAAAUAUAGGAUAUUUAUCCAGAAGUCUGGCUUCAAAACUCACAGGAGAGUUGUCACUGUGGAUAUGCCUUUUGAGUGUAAUGUUUGCAAAAAAGCGUUGUGCCUUCUCUCAUUGAAUCCUAGAACACUGAGAUGAGAAAAACACUGUAGAUGUAUAGGUUAGAUGUAUAGGGAAUGUUAUUAUUUUUUCCUUUUUUUGGAGAGACGGUCUCACUCCAUCACCCAUGCUGGAGUGUAGUGCUGCAAUUGUAGCUCACUGCAUCCUCUGCCCCUUAGGCUCAAGUGAUCUCACCUUAGCCUCCAUGUAGCUGGGUCCACAGGCAUGCACAUGAUGCCUGACUAUUUUCUCGUAUUAGUAGAGAUAGGGUUUUACCAUGUUUCCAGGCUGGUAUCAAACUCCUGAGCUCAAGCAGUCUGCACACCUCAGCCUCCCAAAGUGCUGAGAUUGUAGGUUUGAGCCACUGUGCUCAACCAAUUAUGUUUUUCUAUGUAACAUGGGAGGAGAUCCUUUGAGGGUACCAUGUGCCCAAAUUGAGAAAACUCCAGGCAUGUGGCAUCUGUAUUAUGUUUUUUACUAUGCCCUGUUAUCUUGCUAGACUUAUGUGACUAACACUUAUCUGGCAAAAGCCAUUACAUCUCAGCUAUUUGUAGGUGCCCACAUUGCAUCCUUCACCUAUUUCAUAUUCCAGAAGUAUAUUUUGGUUGUCUGCCAUUCACGGGGUUUGUUUGUUUGGUUGGUUUUUUUCUUUUUUUGGAGACAAAGUCUCACUGUCACCCAGACUGGAGUGCAGUGGUGUGAUCCCGGCUCAUUGCAACCUCUGCCUCCCGAGUUCAAGCAAUUCUCCUGUCUCAGCCUCCUGAGUACCUGGGAUUACGGGUGCCUGCCACCACGCCCAGGUAAUUUUUGUACUUUUAGUAGAGACGGGGUUUCACUAUGUUGGUCAAGCUGAUCUUGAACUCCUAACCUCGUGAUCCACCUGCCUCGGCCUCCCAAAGUGCUGGAAUUACAGGUGUGAGCAACUGUCUGGCCUUUUUAAAAAAAUUUUAAAUUUACAUUUUUUGUAGAGACAGGGUCUUGCUGUGUUGCACAGGCUGGUCUCAAACUGCUGGUCUCGAGUGAUCCUUCUGCCUGGCUUCCCAAAAUGUUGGGAUUAUAGGCAUGGCGUGAGUCACCAUGCUGGGGCUUUUUUAUUUCUUUAAUUUUUACUUCCUGAUCUACUCACAGAAGGAUUUGUUGAGUAGCCUCAGCACUUCUUGCUUUUUCAUUUCUUUCUGAUAAGUUACACCAUGGACCUUCCCCAUUUUUGUCCCAGAGGACUCUUGUGCUGACUUGAAAAGAUGGACUAUUUUGGCUAAGCAUGGUGACUCAUGCCUGUAAUCCCAACACUUUGGGAGGCCGAGGUGGGUGGAUCACAAGGACAGGAGUUCGAGACCAGCCUGGGCAAUAUAGUGAAAUCCUGUCUCUUCUAAAAAUACAAAAAUUAGCCGGGCAUGGUGGCGCUCCUCUACUCCCAGCUACUCAGGAGGCUGAGGCAGGAAAAUCGCUUGAACCCUGGGAGGUAGAGGUUUUGGUGAGCUGAGAUCGCACCACUGCACUCCAGCCUGGGUCCUGCUACCUUGAAGGACAGCAUAGCUAAACUGUGUGGCUCAAGGGACAGCAUGAAUGCAGAAUAUAGCUUUCUCCACUUGUGGCCUAUUUGCAUAGCUGCCCAAGGCCUCCAAUGGACAACUUCAUGGCUUUGUGGUUUUCAUCUGUAGCAUGGAUAGUACAGAUUGUGGGUUCAUAGGUGAGCUGGGUACAGGGCAGUUUUUAUAACAAUCUCUGGUGGGUUUUUUAUUUUAGUGUCAAUACCACACUGAAAGAUUGGUGACUUUUUUUGAACCAGACAAAAUUCUCUCUUAUGAGAUAUAUUGCAUUGUGCUCAGCACUGUUGAGGGAACUCUGUUCAGCAGAUCUUACAAGGCACACAUGUGCCCUGAUAUCCAGAAUUCUGUAGGGCAACAUCACAGGUUGUAAGGCUAUAGGGUGAAAUUAUAAUUUUAUGGUUACUUAGUUACUGCAUUUAUAGUCAGCAGAGGGGACAGCAAUAAAGUUUUUGAAAUACAUCUUUUUUUUUUUUGAGACACAGUCUCACUCUGUCACCCAGGCUGGAGUGCAGUUGCACCAUCUCGGCUCACUGCAACCUGUGCCUUCUGGGUUCAAGCGAUUCUCCCACCUUAGUCACCCAAGUAGCUAGAAUUACAGGUGUGUGCCACCACACCGCUAACAUUUUGUAUUUUUAGUAGAGACAGGUUUCACCAUGUUGCAUAGGAUGGUCUUGAAUUCAACUCUUGAGCUCAGGUGAUCUGCUCACCUCUGCCUUCCAAAGUGCUGGGACUACAGGUGUGGGCCGCUGUGUCUGGCUGAAAUGUGUAUCUUUUUUUUUUUUUUUUUUUUUUUUUUGAGAAGGAGUCUCGCUCUUUCACCCAGGCUGGAGUGCAGUGGCACGAUCGCGGCUCACUGCAGGCUCCGCCCCCCCGGGUUCACGCCAUUCUCCUGCCUCAGCCUCCCGCGUAGCUGGGACUACAGGCGCCUGCCACCUUGCCCGGCUAAUUUUUUGUAUUUUUAGUAGAGACGGGGUUUCACUGUGUUAGCCAGGAUGGUCUCGACCUCCUGACCUCGUGAUCCGCUCGCCUCAGCCUCCCAAAGUGCUGGGAUUACAGGCGUGAGCCACCGCGCCCGGCUGAAAUGUGUAUCUUUUAAAGGAGUGUCCACAGUUAUCCAGUCACUAUGUCUGUGAUGGAUAAGCAGAUACAGCAAUUCUCAGGACUUCCAUAAUGAUGAAUGUUGUGUAGCUAAGCUUUGGUCAGAGGAAAUAACCUAAAGGUUUUGUGAAUUCAUGUAAUCUUUUCGGCUGGUCACCUUAAGGUAACUCUUGUAUUAACAGGAGGAACAGGAUAGGGAAAAAGAUCUCAGUUCAGUGAUGUAGCUUUGUGACCAGCCAGCGAUCCAGUUCAAUCAGGUAGAAAUGACCUUCCUGCUACAUCAAUAUUUGCUUCUAUGGAGGCUAGUUUCCCCACUCAGGGCAUGAGAAGAAUUGGUAGAGUCAAUAUAGAAUUGCUAAGCCUGUCACCAAAAGUAAUGGCAAAUCUGUAUUUUUCUCUUAAACCAUAUUAUAAAAGCUGUAAUAAGGUAUAGGCUGAGCAUCAUGGCUCAUGCCUGUAUUCUGAGCACUUUGGGAGGCCAGGGAAGGCAGAUUCGUUGAGACCAGUGUGUGGAACAUGGCAAAACCUUGUCUCUAGGAAAAAUAGCCAGGUAUGGUGGCAUGUACCUUAGUCUUAGUGAUGUGGGAGGAUUGCUUGAGUCUGGGAGGCAGAAGUUGCAGUGAGCCAAGAUUGCAACGCUGCAGUCCAGCCUGGGUGAUAGAGUGAGACCCCAUCUUAAAAAUAAAAUAAAGAUAUAAAUGACAUUCAAUAAAGUAUGCAUAUUUGAGCUGUAGGAUAAGUCUUGAAUUUUAUUAUAAUCCCAUGAAACCAUCAUCAGAGUCACAAUAAUGAAUUUAUCUAAUCUAUCACCUUUGUAUUUACUUGGAGCCUUUAUAAAGUUUUUCUCUCUGCUCUCCAAACAACCGUUGAUUUACUUUGCUGUAUGAUAGAGUACUUUCCAUUUUCUUGAAUUUUCUGACUGAUGUAAUAAAGUGUUUCCUCUUAUAA